AGAGGAAGCGAUAUUCCACACAGGUAAACAAGACACCAAGAAACAGAACUGCUGUUAGUAUGGACAUCCAGGACGAGAGGAGAAGGCUGCUGGAUGCGGAGGGAGGAGAUGAGAAUCCAGCAGGACUCAUGUCUGAGCAGGAUGCUUAUCUGAGUAAAGUGAAGAACAGGAAGUUGUACCUGGCAACAUUUGCGUCUGUCUUGGGUCCCAUGAGCUUCGGGUUUGUGUUGGGAUACAGCUCUCCUGCCAUUCCUGAACUUACCAGGAUUGCAGACCCUCGGCUGCGCCUGGACGAUGACCAGGCCUCCUGGUUUGGGUCCAUAGUGACAGUUGGAGCAGCAGUAGGCGGCUUGCUGGGCGGUUGGAUGGUGGAGAGGAUCGGCAGGAAGCUCAGUCUGAUGUUCUGCUCGCUGCCAUUCGUCUUUGGUUUCACCAUCAUCAUCGCAGCGCAGAACGUGUGGAUGCUUUACCUCGGCAGGGUGCUCACCGGCCUCGCCAGCGGAGUCACGUCACUGGUCGUCCCGCUAUAUAUUUCUGAGAUGGCACACGAGCGGGUACGCGGGACGUUAGGCUCCUGUGUGCAACUCAUGGUGGUGCUAGGCAUCAUGGGAGUGUAUCUUGCAGGUCUCUUCCUGGACUGGCGCUGGCUGGCGAUCUGCUGCUCCAUCCCUCCUACGCUGCUGUUGGUCUGUAUGUGCUUCAUGCCAGAGACCCCCCGGUUCCUAUUGUCACAGGGCAAGAGGCGGGAGGCUGAGGAGGCGCUGCGCUUCCUGCGAGGACCGGACGCCCCCAUCGAAUGGGAGUGCGCCCGCAUCGAGGACGCCUGUGAUGAGCAGGGCUCAAGUUUCCACAUGUCCGACCUGAAGGACCCUGGUGUCUACAAGCCGCUGGUGAUCGGCGUCAUGCUCAUGGUAUUCCAGCAGAUGACGGGGAUCAAUGCUAUCAUGUUCUACGCUGAGAACAUAUUUGAACAGGCACAUUUUAAGGAGAGCGACCUGGCCUCAGUGAUCGUGGGUCUGGUUCAGGUCAUCUUUACAGGAGUGGCAGCACUAAUAAUGGACAGAGCUGGAAGGAAAGUCCUUCUCAUCAUCUCAGGUGUUGCCAUGGCGAUCAGCACCACAGCAUUCGGGGUUUAUUUCUACCUGAUGUCCAAGCUUCACAGCACCACCACGCUGAAUGCCUUGAUGCAGGACAUCCAGACUAAGGCUGCCGAAGAACCCCACACUGACUUGGCCUGGCUGGCCCUUGCCAGCAUGGGUGUCUUCAUCACAGGUUUUGCUCUUGGUUGGGGUCCAAUCCCAUGGCUGGUCAUGUCAGAGAUUUUCCCUGUCAAAGUGAGGGGGUUUGCCAGUGCUGUCUGCGUCCUCACCAACUGGAGCAUGGCGUUCAUCGUCACCAAAACCUUCCAAGACAUGAUGAAUCUUCUAACCAGUGCUGGAACCUUCUGGCUUUUCGCCUCAAUGUGCAUCAUCAAUGUCAUCUUCACCAUUGCCUUCAUCCCAGAAACAAAGGGCAAGACACUGGAGCAGAUCGAAGCCACAUUCAGAGGGACUUCAGGUCCAUGAAGUCCCCGCAUCUGCCAAAAAACAUACACACAUGUCAAAAACUGAAAAAUCUCAGGCCUCAUAUCACUGAACUGACUGAUCAUCGGGACACUGUGUGGGCAUUUUCAAAAUCUUUGUUAAGCUUAAAAAGCUACGAAGCUGAAACACUUUCUUAUCAUGAAUCCUGCCUUAAUGAUGGUUAUAAUGUUCAAUUUUUGUAUAAAGAGUUUUUGAGAGGUGGUUCAGGUAUGAUGAUUUUAGAGGAUGUAGUUUAUGGUGCUGCUAAACUAUUGCUUUUACUGGUGUUUCCAAUAUUUUGUCCAUCUAGAAUAUAUCAGUGAGGCCGACUAAAUUGUCAACUGGGCGUAAAUUAUCUGUUUCUGCAGGAAGUCUGACCUUCAGCAUGAACGUACUUGAACGUAGCAUAAUCAGGCUAUUGAAUACAGUUUUCCACUGGUCAAUUCCUUUAAAUUUUAUGUUGAUAAAUGCUGAGAAACAAAUACAUCUAACAGCAACAAAAUAAUCAGAAAAGUGUUUCGGAAACUGGACUAAAGUUCUCGUUUAAACAUUGGACGGGAUGCUCUGACUGUGGUGGAGACUAACCAUGCUGCCACCUCCAGUAAGACAAUUCUAUACUGCCCCCUGCAGGUCUUAGUGCUGUAGCUCACCCCCAGUCUGCACAUUCAGCUCAGCAAAGGUCUUCCGCACAGGUUUAAAAUUUCCUGUAGACAGUUAACCAACUUUAUAGAAAGCUACUAAACUGAAAACCAUGUUAACAGUGAAAGUUAAAUAUAACACUGGGGUCUUUACACUUUCAGGUUUGGAGUCUCGACUGUGAAGUAUUAGCGUGAAAUUGGUGUUGAAGGUGGAAAAAUCGCAAAUAUCAAAAUGUCCAUUAAUAUUUCCCACACCAGCAUAAUCUGUUUUUCCACUGUUCAUCCAUAUUCCAGUUUUCAGCAGUUACAGUUUUAAACAUAGCGUCUGUCUUAAUCCUCAUGUAUCACGUUUUUUAAUUUGUUAUUUCAGCAGGGUGAAACGUGUCCAAAACACACGUUACUUUUCUACACUGAGAUUAUGUUUGGUUGAAAAGAAGAACUGUUUCUUUUUCUACAUUAUUUUCUACAUUAUUUUCCACCAGCAGAUGCUGGUACAAUGCUGGGGAGCGUAAGGAACACAAAGACUUUUUGAGACAAUAUUGUUGUUCAGUUAGUUUGAUUUAGUGCCAAAUGCAUUUGAAUAUUUUUCUUCCAUUAGUAGUUUAGAAUAAUGUCUGGUGUCCUUCUCCUUCUGCUCAAAUCCAUGAAUCAGGAGGAAUUUUGCAGAAACUAUUGAUGUUUUGGGGUCUGCUGUUUACACUGAUGGUGAUGGCUGUUAAUUUACAGUAUCUUUGUACUUUUCAUCAUCAGAGAAAUGAAGUGAAAUUAAACAGCUAAACUUGUUUUACAUUUAUCAUCAAGAACAUUUUAAAAAUAUAUCAACUGUAAACUAUCUUAAAAGAAAGAAUAUGGGUGUGUUUUUGUUAUCAUUUUCCCUUGGGAUUCCCCUGUAACAGAAAUAUUUUGAGCAUGUAUAAUCUGAUGUAUACACAGUUGGAAUAGUGAUGAUUUUUAAGAAGCAACUUCUCUGAAGAAACCUGAUCUUUUUUUUCUCUUUUUAUUGUUUAUGUAUAGAAUUUUAUUAGAUUUUGUUUAACUCAUUCAUCUCUCUAUGGGAAUAAAUACCUGGUUUUAAUUUUUGUUUCCCACAAGUUCACUGAAGCUAUGAAAUUAAUAAAUUAUUCUACUGUUUCA